CGCUGCUAUCAGACUUCUGAAGGUCGGUCGCUUUCUGAUUUGUUGCUGCUACUCCGCUUGAUUCUCACCAGCAUCCUUUGCUUUUUCUAGUAGACGUGCACAAGUACUUCACCUGUUUUGAGCCUACUGUUCAAGUAAUCCAUCACGUAUAUGAUACACAUAUAAAUAAUAUUGCCUAUGAAUUUCCAGGAAUUAUCUUGUUUUGUAUUAUCUUGGGAUCCUUUCAAACAAAGCAGUGAUCAUAUAUAAGUUUUAUUUGAGCGACCACCACCUGGUUCAACCACUCAUUAGUUCUUACCUGAUCAGAUACAGUGAGCAUGAAAUAAUAAGAAUUACAUCACAUUGUCGUAGUUUUUCAGUAGGAAACAUUCACUAACUCAUUACUCAUUUAAAAUCACAUAUUUUUAGGUGACCGAACUUUUAAAGCAACCAUAGCGACUCAUCAAGUUUAUUUACUUACACAACCUAGUUUCCAAUUAUUUAAGUUCUAAAACGCACGAGUUGCUCUAUAGCGGGAUUUAUAAACAAAUAAGAUUAACUUAGAAGAGUUGGAAAACCUUAACUUCAAAUGAGAGGUGAACACGGGAAAAAAGCGAGGAGCACACCUGAUGCGGUCAUGUGACAAAUUAUAUAAUUUGUUGUGGAAAUUCACUUCCUAGCCGUGUCUCAUGAUCUGGCGUUUUUCGCUGUUUAAUGGUUAAAGCUUUCUUACGUAUACUACUAUUGAAGUAACUACUACGAAUUUGGUGUUCAACUUGUGCUAAUGAAGUAUGACAAAUUGAACCGAUGUAUAUAUGUACCUGGUCCUACGUUGUAGCUGGCUAAGUUUAAUGUUUCAGCGACAUAUCUUGCAGAUUUAAAGUUUUGUUUUCUAUACGCAACGCUGAUAUCCAAUUAUAUAUGCACUGUGAAUUAUUCACUACAUGCUUCCUUAAAGUUUUUAGCUAUGAAGUAUAUUGACAUAUCUCAAACUCAUGUAUAAUAAGAAUCCUUCAUUUAGAAAAUCCCCACUGUAGUAGCAAACUACCAACUUAUUCCCAGCAAUUCAGGUUUUAAUUGAUCUUUGAGAAAGUACUGCUCUUUUCGUAAUGAUGUCUCAUUUCAUCUGUUCCCUUUAAUAUGGCACUAUUCUUAUAACAGGAUCUGGUUUGUAAAGUAAAACGUCCAAUUUAAUCAAUCCUAAAUCUCUGCUUUGAUGGGUAACGUUUCUCUGCUCUACAAGUGUUUUGUUUGUUGAAGCAUAUAACAUCCAAUUUGCAUUUUAAUCUAGGGACUUAAUGUCUGCUGAAGUUAUUAACUUUUCUCCGGUCUCCAACAAAUUUACUGUUGCCCUAUGUGUACUGAAUCAGUGGGCGCUUGACUUUAGUGGAAAUACCAGACGUGUAAUUAAAAGUAUUAAAACUGCUAAAUGCUUGGGAGCUAAGUAUAGAAUUGGACCAGAACUAGAGGUCUCAGGUUACGGAUGUGAAGAUCAUUUUCAUGAACUGGAUACUUAUACUCAUUCAUGGCAAUGUAUUGCAAAAAUAUUGAAUGAAACAAAUGAAAAUGUUGAAAUGCAAGAUAUUGUUUGUGAUAUUGGGAUGCCAGUUUUACUAGGAGGUGUGGCUUAUAAUUGCAGAAUUAUUUUGUUAAAUGGGACUAUUCUAUUGAUACGACCGAAAUUAGUCCUCGCAGAUGAAGGUUUGCACAGAGAGUCUCGUUGGUUUACGCCUUGGCCUCAUCACCAAAGAAUCAUUGACUUUGUGUUACCCGAAAUAGUCCAGAAAGUAACCGAGAAUUCGCAGUCAGUAGUAGCUUUUGGAGAUGCUAUUUUACGAUUUUCUGGAAAUGGCUAUUCUGAAUACGUACAGAUAGGCUUGGAAACAUGUGAAGAGCUUUGGACGGGAACACCACCUCAUAUUGAUAUGUAUGCAGCUGGCGUGGAUGCUGUGCUCAAUUCCAGUGCCAGUCACCAUGAACUGAGAAAACUAAAUAGAAGAAUAGAGCUAGUGAAAUCUGCUAGCACAGCAAAUGGUGGUGGAUUCUAUGCGUAUACAAAUCUUAGAGGAUGCGAUUCUGGGAGAGCUUGUUACGACGGUUGUGCAUUAGCUGCAGUUUCCGGUCAGCUAAUUUGUCUGAGCCCACAGUUUGGAUUUGGGGAUGUCUCUGUUGAAACUGUCACUGUUUGUCUGAAUUCACUGAGAUCAAAGCGAAUUGCCAGUCGUUGUUUUGGACGUGCGGCUGCAGCUAGUGCGGCUGCGAAAUCCGAUGCAUUUGGCAUUACACACAGUUCUUAUCCAACUGUUAAGGUUGAUUUCAAUCUUUGCCAUAGUGACCAUUGGCCUGAUCAGCCCUUACAGCCUCACGUCGAUACUAAUAUUCUUUCACCUCCAGAAGAGAUUUCUUAUGGUCCUGCAUUAUGGUUGUGGGACAAUUUACGCCGAAGCAAGUCUUCAGGAUUUUUUCUUUGCCUAAGUGGAGGUUUGGACAGUGCAGCAGUUGCAUGUAUUGUGUUCAGUCUUUGUAACCAAAUCUUUCAAGCUAUAAGACAAGGUAACACGUCCGUUACACACGAUUUACGUACUAUAUUGAAUGAGUCGGAUAAAUAUAUCCCUGACAGUGGUCGUCAAUUAUGUUCCCGUCUACUAACAACGUGUUUUAUGUCAAGUGAGAACAGUUCUGCGCUUACAAGAUCACGUGCUAGUCGCUUAGCUAGACUUUUGGGUUCAAAUCAUUUAGAGUCCGAUAUUACACCAUUGGUAAAAGAAUUUGUCCAUAUGGCUUCCGAGACUUUAAAUCUUGCUCAUCCACCUCGUUUCACUGUUCAUGGAGGUUCAAGUAAAGAAAGUUUAGCUCUUCAAAAUAUACAAGCUAGAAGUCGUAUGGUUUCAGCAUAUUUACUGGCUCAGUUAAUACCAUGGAAAUGGGAUUUGCCGACAGGUCUGUUAGUUUUAAGUAGUGCAAAUCUAGAUGAAGGACUGAGAGGUUAUUUAACAAAGUAUGACUGUUCCAGUGCAGACUUAAAUCCUAUUGGAAGUAUCAGUAAAUCAGAUUUACGAUUAUUUAUUGCUUACUGUGCUCAAACGUUCCCAAGUUAUAUGGAUUCUGAAAGUGGAGUUGAACUUUCGGAAGUAUUGUUAGAAAUUUUAUCUGCUCAUCCGACAGCUGAACUAAUGCCACUUCAACCUAACGGUGAAAUUAGUCAGACAGAUGAAUGUGAAAUGGGACUGACCUAUGACGAAUUAUCAUUAUUUGGUAGACUUAGAAAAAUAUCCAACUGUGGACCUUACAGUAUGUUAGAAUCGUUACUGGACGGUAGUUGGUUACUGAUUAAGAAGGUUAUACCUGAUAGUUGUUUUCAAAAAGAUGGGAAACCUGGUGCUGAACUUGCUCAAUAUCUGAACGAAAAAGUGAAAUUAUUUUUCCGUUUCUAUGCUAUAAAUCGUCAUAAGGCUACUGUUUUACCACCAGCUUAUCAUACUGAGGCUUAUAGUGCUGAUGAUAACCGGUUUGAUUUCCGUCCGUAUUUGUAUCCUAGUGACUGGAAUUGGCAAUUUACUUGUCUAGAUUUACUGGUAAAGAAAUGGGUAGAACAAUUCAAGUGAAUCUAUUCGGAUCGUUUUAUUUGUGAACCUGUUUACUGGAACGUUUUUUUUUAUCCUAGUCAACCUAUAUCAUUUAGAAUCAUUUACAUAUUUUUCCACAAUCACACUGCAGAAUUUUUCUUUAUCCUUUAGUGUGGUAUGUCCAUAAGUUUUCUUAUGUGAUAGUGUAAUUUCUGUGAACAUUGUGUAUCAUAAAUUUAUCAAACCUCAA